AAUAUGGCGGAUGUCUGGUAACCAAAACACAUUAAAAUUAAGAACAUAAUUCCCUCCUACAAGUAAUAUUUAUUCUAAAAAGAUUUACGAGUUAGUUGCAGAAGACAUACAAAAUGGCUUCAAGUGAUACAGUUACUCUGGCUUAUAUUAACUACUACUGUCGCGAGAAAUACUACAGACAUCUGCAGAAUUCGUGUCUGGAGAGCUUGAAGAAGUAUGGCAACGAUCCAGUAUUGAUAUUUUGGAAGGCGUUUGGAGUUUUAAUGGAAGAGAGAGCCUCUGAGGCAAUAAGGGAAUUGGAAGUAAUCAAAGAAAAGCCUGAUGUCCUACUUUGUGCCACCAUGGCACUCAUUCAUGCACACAAGAAAGCUAAACUUGUUGACAGAGAAGCAGUUCAAGAGCUGGAGGCAAAACUUCGUCAGGAUAGGCAGUCAUGCGGUGAAAUGGCAUUGUUUUUUGGUGGAAUGUUUCUCUGGCAUACAGGACGGCAUGACAAGGCAAGAGAGUAUGUGGACAGAAUGAUCAAAAUGGCUAGUAAUAAUAAAGAGGGCCUUCUUUUGCGUGGUUGGAUUGACAUAACCAGUGGAAAGGACUCCUAUGCCAAAAAGAGCAUCAAAAUGUUUGAUGAAAUACUCAGUGGGUCUGAAGUUGUUAAAAAUCUGGAUGCUUUACUUGGAAAGGCAAAGUACUUAGAGACAAAAAAUAAUUUCAGCGGUGCACUGGAACUCAUCAAUCAGGCUGUGGUAGGAUAUCCAGACUUCAUACCUGCUCUGAUUGAAAAAAUGAAGCUACAGCUUGCUCUGCAAGACUGGGACCAAACACUGGAGACAGCUCAGAGAGCCCUGAAUAGUAGCAGAAACUGUAUAGAAGCACAGCGGAUGGUUGUUCUCUACACACUGUGUCGAGAUGGAAAGUAUAAUGAGGCCUCAGACAGGCUAGGAGAAUUAAUUCAGAUGGUAGACAGAUGUGAACCAAGGAAUUCUUAUCUAUAUCAUGAUUUGUCCCAAGCAGUCAGCAGACUGUGUGGCAGAAAUGAUUUAGUGUUGCAACAGACACUGACACUGGUGGAAAGAGCUCAAUCACUUGCUCCUAACAGUGCAGAGUUUCAGACAGAACUUGGAAAUCAGCUCAUCUUAUGUCACCGCAACCGAGAGGCAAUGAAAGCCUUCCGCACUGCCAUGAAGCUUGAUGAAACAAGUGUACCAGCACUGACAGGGAUAAUCAGGUGUCAGCUGAUAGAUGGACAGCUUGAGGAUGCUGAGCAGCAGUUAGAGUUCCUGAAUGAAAUACAACAAUCUAUUGGAAAGUCAUCUGAGCUAUCAUACCUGAGUGCUGUACUUCAAAGGCAGAAAAACAAGCCAGCUGAGGAAGUCAUCACCCUUCUAAAUGAAACCAUUGAUGCACAUUUUUCCUCCCUUAAGGGUCUUGCCCUUGGUGUAAAGUAUUUCUACUGCUUGAACCCAGAUUUUCUUCUUCAAGUGAUUAAUGACUACCUCAUAUUUGCUCCCACUGAAGCUCAAAGCCCUGGUCAGCCUCCUCCUCCACUUCUCAAGCGCUGUGCAGCUGUGUUGGAUCCUUUGACAAAAAGUGUUCCUGGAUUACUGGAGGGCUUGUACCUAAUGGCUAAAGUCAAGUAUUUAUCUGGAGAAACUGAUGCUGCUAAAGCCAUGCUGACUCAUUGUUUGGACCAAGAUCCAACAUUUUCUGAUGCACAUCUUUUGAUGGCCCAAAUUCACCUUCUGCAAGGUAACUUCAAACUGUCUGAGCAGUCACUUGAAGUGGGGCUUAGUUACAACUUUGAGGUGAGGAACCAUCCACUAUAUCAUUUGAUAAAAGCCCGAGUGCAGAGAAAGAUGGGUCAUCCAGAGGAAAGUGUUAACACCAUGCAUGCUGCCAUGAAUCUUCCAGGAGUUAAAAAAGCAGUCUCCAAAGCACAAGGCAAGAAAACAACAAUAACUGCCAGUGAUAGAGCUGCUGUAUUCCUUGAACUUGCUGAUGCACAUAUGGAGGCUGGACAAUUGCAUGAGGCUACUAAAGUCAUGCAGGAUGCUUUACAUGAGUUCACUGGCACCCCAGAAGAAGUCAGGAUUCAGAUUUCCAAUGCAGACCUUGUGUUAAAGAAUGGUGAUACAGAGCAAGCCUUGACUAUACUUAGACAAAUCACUCCACAGCAAAGUUACUACAUCAAGGCAAAGGAGAAGAUGGCAGAAAUAUAUUUACAUCAUCGCAAAGACAAGCGAUUGUAUGCAAGUGUUUACAGGGAACUUGUUGAUAAGAACCCUAGUCCUCACACUUGUCUGCUGUUGGGAGAUGCCUAUAUGAGUAUUCAGGAGCCUGAGAAAGCCAUUGAAGUUUAUGAGACAGCCCUGAAACGAAACCCAAGAGAUGGAGCAUUGGCAAGCAAAAUAGGACAAGCACUGGUGAAAACACACCACUAUGGCAAGGCCAUAAACUACUAUGAAGCUGCUUUAAAAUCAGGACAGCAAAACUUUUUAAGGUAUGAUCUUGCUGAGCUGUAUCUAAAGCUGAAAAACUAUGAAAAGUCAGACAAGGUCAUCAAGUUGGCUCUGGAGCAAGAAAAAGCUAAUGACCUUCCAUCUCUGAUGGAAGAGGCUCGACUCCUAGAGCUUCAGGCUCAUGUUUAUCAAAAGUCAGGCAAUGCAGAAGAAACCCUCAAGACACUCACAAGGGCCAAGGAGGUUCAAACCAGGGUUUUAAGAAGAGUUGGGGUGGAACAACCAGAUGCUGUCAAAGCACAAAAAUUGCAGGCUGCAAAAAUCUGUGCUGAAAUGGCAGAAUUGUCUACUACUGCCAGAGAAUUUGAGAAAGCCAUAAAUUUCUACAAAGAGGGACUAACAUAUGAUGAAACACAUGUACCAUCCAUGUUAGCACUGGCCAGACUUUAUUUGACUGUGGAUGAUUUAGAUGCCUGCCAGCAACAAUGUGUUCAGCUUCUUAAGAUGGAUGCUGAAAAUGAUGCUGCAACAGUGAUGAUGGCAGAUUUGAUGUUCAGGAAGAAUGAAUAUGAUUCUGCUACAUUUCACUUCCAGCAGUUGCUGGAAAGAAAACCAGAUCAUUACAGUGCCCUAGCGCGCCUGAUAAAUCUUCUGAGAAGAGCUGGAAAAUUAGACGAUUGUUCAAAGUACCUUGAACAGGCAGAAAGUGCUAUUCCACGUGCUGCUAUGGAUUCUGGAUUAAAUUACUGUAAAGGACUCUUUCACUGGUACACAGUCAGCCCUACGGCAGCUCUUAAACAUUUCAACCUGGCCAGGAAAGAUGCUAGAUGGGGCGAGUAUGCUGUUUACAACAUGAUUGAAAUAUGCCUUAACCCUGAUAAUGAAACUUUGGGAGGAGAAACCUUUGAGGCAGUUGAUGGUGAUGUGAGUUCAAACGAGAAGCAAGAUUCAGAAAUGAUGGCUGUUCGCACUGCUGAAAAGCUGCUAAAGGAUUUUAAGCCGAAGGGCAAUCCUCUAAAGUACCGCAUACUCGAAAAUAGUGUCUUGAUGGCAUUCAAGACAAAACCAAAUGUGGAAAAGGCCUUGUCUCAAUUCAUGGAAAUAGCUACGACUGAGCAUGAAUGUGUUCCAGCCCUUCUGGGCAUGGCUACCGCUUACAUGUACUUAAAACAAACACCACGUGCUCGUAAUCAGCUGAAAAGGAUUGCAAAAAUGAACUGGAACUCAGAGGAAGCAGAAGAAUUUGAGAGGAGCUGGCUUCUUUUAGCUGAUAUUUAUAUCCAGUCUGGCAAGUUUGACAUGGCUGGAGAUUUGUUAAAGAAAUGUCUUCAGUAUAACAAGUCAUGCUGUAAAGCUUGGGAGUACAUGGGAUACAUCAUGGAAAAGGAACAAGCUUAUAAAGAUGCAGCUAAGAACUACGAGAACGCUUGGAUUUAUGGCAAUCAAAACAACCCAACUAUAGGUUACAGACUAGCGUUCAACUAUCUAAAGGCUAAACGUCUUGUAGAUGCUAUUGACGUAUGCCACAAGGUAUUAAGUCACCACCCAAACUAUCCAAAGAUAAGAAAAGAAAUCCUGGACAAAGCAAGAGCAGCAUUGCGGGCGUAAAUAUUCACUCUACCCCACACUUGGUUCGCUUACACAUAGUUAUUAACUGGUUUCUGCCGUAUUUCAUUUGAUCAUAUUGAAAAUCAAAACCAAUUUAAAUAAGAUUGGUCAACGGAAUUAUCACCCUCUCAUUCCUCUUAAAAAACUUUCUUUUUCCGACCAAAAGCGACAAACACAGAAGCCGUGAAGGACCUCAAGACAGUUAUUUAUAAAAAGUUAAAUCUUUGUUUUAUACCAAAGCUGCGUUCGAAAUCAGGUUAAAUUUAGCUAGACGUACUAUGUGAAGUUUGAUUUCUUGUAAACAUUGCCAACAAGGCCUAUGGCUACCAUUGAAAAAAAAAACUUUCAAGGUCCAUUAAUCCUUCAAAUACUAGCAUGAGUAUGUUUAUUCUCCAUAGUGUUUUUUAAGGAAAAAGUAACCCUAUGAUUUUCGAAUGCAUGUAAUAAAGUUGGUUAGGUUUUGUACAGACAAAAACAGCGUUUAAACGUCCAAUUUUUUGAAGUUAUUUAACUUACACUAAAUGGGAUCUCUUUAUCAUUUAAACUGCAUUUUCUAAAUGGAAAUACAGCAUCGAUGGACAAAAGAGUAUAACUAAAAAAGUUACUAGUAGAAAUCGUGUGGAAUGCUUUCAAGGAAACCUCUGAAAUUCUGUCUUUUUAUCAGAUGAACUACACUUGAUGAAACUUGUAAAAAAUUACUUUAAAAUGAUGGGCUCAUUCAAGUAUUCACGAAACUGUAUCUUUUCAGGAAAUUAAACCUGAAUUUAAUGCCUUUUUCUCCCAGUGAUAAGCUUUCUUUCCGAAUACUUCUCUAUCAAACACGAGAAAUCCUAAAUUAUGUCUAUCAUCGAAAAGGCUUAAUUUUCUUGCCCAUCGAGACCCUCUUGGCAAUGUGAAACCUAAGUAAAUAUGCAACUGUUAAACGAUUUACUACCGAGUUACACCGCUGACACCUUUAUGAAUGACUUGCUUACUUGGCGACCUGGUGUUUUGACCACGAGGAUGAAAAAAACACUAGGCACAGUGUGUUAACCAGGGAAAAGGAUAUCUUGUUAGGUCUAGUUGAAGCAAAAACCCAUAUAAUUGUGCAGAACUAUAACUAUGCGUCUUAGUUCUACCAUAUUUUAAAUCUUUUUUCGUUUAUAAGGGAAAACUCUGCGUAAACCUGGGCAAGAAAUGCAUUCUUGCUUCUGAUUGGCCGGCUGAUAAACCAGAAGCCUAUUGAUAAUG